AUGGCAAUGGCAGAAGCAAAAACAGAAGCAGAAUUCUCUCUUUCUGUGUUCUGUUUGAUGUCUUCGGUCGUUGUUAUGAUCCUUCACUACUUGGGUCAUCAUUAUAUUCAUACAUCUCCUCUAUCACUCCAACUCUUCACUGAUUACAGCACUGAGAGAAAUUACAUUUUCCUCUUCUGCAAUUGCAUUCUAGCCUUUCUCAUUGCCAACUCAGCUUUCGAUUCUGAUCUUGUACAACAUCAGAUUAAUAAAAAUGACAACUUUGCACCAUCCAAGAUAAUUCAAACGUGUCCACAGAAGAAACCUGAUCUAAUAGCAGCAGCAGCAGCAACUUACCAAGAUGAGCAAGAACACAUUAUUGCAGAUAAUGAUGAUGAUGAUGAUGAAGAACAGGUACAUAGUAAUUACCAAACUGGACAAGAUAAUCAAAAGGAGGAGGAGGAGGAUAAUUGCGUAACUGGACAUGAUGAAGAUGAUGAUGAUGAUGAUGAAGAUGAGAGAAUAGAUCAGGUGUUGAUGAAUGUGGAUGAAUUGAACAAGAAAUGUGAAGAGUUCAUAAGGAAGAUGAGAAAACAAAUUGGAAAUUAA